AUGGAUUCAAUUUUUCAUGAAAAGCAAGAAGGGUCUCUGUGUGCCCAGCACGCCCUUAAUGCUCUACUUCAAGGAUCUUACUUCACAGCAGUUGACUUGGCAGCCCUGGCUCAAGAGAUGGAUGAAGCUGAGAGAAUUCGGAUGGCAGAGAGUGGAGUUGAUAGUGAAGAUUAUAGGCGAUUUUUAGAACAACCUUCCGGUAACAUGGACGACAGUGGCUACUUUUCGGUGCAGGUCAUCAGCAGUGCUCUAGAGCUGUGGGGGCUAGAAAUGAUACCAUACAACAGUACGGAGCCUCGAGCUGUUGCAGCCCAAACUAACCCUGCGGAGAUGAAGGCUUACAUAUGUAACUACAGAGAUCACUGGUUCACAAUACGUCGGCUUGCCAACCAGUGGUUUAACCUCAACUCCCUUCUGACUGGCCCAGAGCUCAUCUCCAACACUUACUUGGCAAUGUUCCUGGCACAGCUGCAACAGGAAGGCUACUCAAUAUUUGUGGUGCUGGGUGACCUUGCUCCAUGCUCAGCUGACGAAGCCCUGCUGCUCAACCCUGCUGUACAAACGCAGAAACCCAAGCUACUCUCUGAAGUAGCCAAGUCAAAAUCUCAGGAUGAGGAUUCAGAGUUGCAGAAAGCCAUUAGGAUGAGUCUUGGUCAAGAGGAGGACGGAGAGUUGGCUGCUGCCCUUGCCCUCAGUCUGAGUGAUGACAGUCCUGAUGUGUCAGCCCCCGACUGUGAUGAAGACGAACAGGUCAGACAAGCCUUGCUGCUGAGUCUUCAGUCAGUACCAACAGACCAUGUACCCACAACACCAGAAGUGGACCCUGUGGAACUAAGGCAGAGACGGCUAGCCUACCUGGAGGGCUGUGGGACCAAGGUGAAUACGUAGUUGUGACUUUCUGCUCCCUGGAUACCUUGUGUACAAAUUAUUGUAGACUACUUACUUCACUGUUCAUUGAGGAGCCGAUCCUGCCACAUAAUGUUGUUCAAGGAAGUACAGUAUUUGUAUAUUAGAACUAACACUUUUUAUGGUUGUAAAAUUAAUGUAAGUUUUCAUGUUAAUAAAUAUCUCGAAUGGUCCUAAA